UGCUGGGUCCACAGUGUGACAUGGGGUCCCUGUACCGCCUCCCAUUGCUCCCACUCUGCCAUGUGCCACUUUCAGGUCUCCUCACACUCCUGCUGGUUUCCAUUUUGUCAUAGGUUGCUGGCAGAUUACAGGCCUCCCAUAGGUGCUGCCAGGCCCCAAAUCUGCCAUGGGCCCCCGUACCGCCUGGUCACGCUGCUGCUGGGUCCACAGUGUGACAUGGGUCCCUGUACCGCCUCCCAUUGCUCCCACUCUGCCAUGUGCCACUUUCAGGUCUCCUCACACUCCUGCUGGUUUCCAUUUUGUCAUAGGUUGCUGUAUGGCCUCCCAUUGCUGCUGCCUCCACCGCCACACUGUGGCUCCAAACACUGGUUUUGGCCCCGUGACUGGCCAAAUGAGUGA